AUGGGUUCUAUCGCGACAGACGCCGUGCAGAGAGACUUCCUGAAACGUCUGCCAGCCAAGAAUGUCGGCCCUCUAUGGACAGUUAUGGACGCCUUGGUCUCACAGAUCCCAGCACCAAAGGCAACGCCUGCGAUCUGGAGGUAUGAUGAGCUACAUCCCGAUCUCAUCACAGCCAGCCAAAUAAUCCCAGAGGAACAAGCAGAACGCCGAGUACUCAUGCUGAACAAUCCCUCCAUGAAGGCCCCAUACACAACCGACACCCUGUACGCGGGUCUUCAGAUCAUCAAUCCAGGCGAAACUGCGCCGGCUCACAAACACGUAGCUUUCGCCCUGCGCUACAUCAUCGAAGGCAGUCGAGGCUUCACCUCCGUGGACGGCAAGAAAAUCUCCAUGGAAAAGGGUGACGUGAUCCUCACGCCCUCGUGGACAUUCCAUGACCACGGCCACGAAGGCCAGGGACCCAUGAUCUGGCUUGACGGCUUAGAUCUCCCGCUGUUCCAGGGGAUUCCAGUCAACUUUGCCCAGGCAUACCAUGAGAAGCGCUUCCCGCGCGAGCCUGUCGAGUCCAGCCCGAACUUGCAUUUCCCCUGGGCGCCUGUAAAAGAGCUUCUCUCCUCCUCCCGUCCCCAUAGCGUCCACCACUACCUCACUCCGGACGGCGACCCGAUAUCCAACACCCUCUCCGCCCAGGCCGAGCGCGUCGCAGCGGGCACAACUAGCCCGGCUAUACGGGAAACCUGUUCAUUCGUUUACCACAUUCCCCAGGGCACGGGUUCGACUCGCAUCGUAAGCGGCAAUGGUACCGAGACGAUACUGAAAUGGAAGGAGAACGACACGUUUGCCGUACCGGCAUGGUCGAGUGUGUCACACACGGCAAGUGACCAAGGCGAUGUCUAUCUUUUUGCGUUUUCGGAUCGGGGAGUGUUGGAAAGGCUGGGCUUCUACAGGAAGCAGGAGGAGUGA